UAGAGAUUUGUUGAACCUUACCCUAGUAAAAUCACACGAUUUGAUCAAAGAAUUUGAAACAUGGUUGAAGUAGUUAGUUUAGGGGUUUGGGAUUAUGUAAUUUUAGGUGUUGUUUUAUUGAUUUCCGCCGGAAUUGGGGUUUAUUUCAGAUUUACGGGAGGAAAGCAGAAAACUGCAAAGGAAUAUCUUUUGGCGGAUAAAAAUAUGUCGAUAAUACCGGUAGCUUUUUCGUUAAUGGCUUCUUUCAUGUCAGCAGUAACUUUAUUGGGGGUUUCCAGCGAAAAUUACGUUUACGGUUUUCAAUUUAUCGUAAUCAACUUAUCGUAUGGCCUAUUUACGCCGAUUGCCGCAUAUAUUUAUUUACCGGUAUUUUUUAAAUUGCAAGCAACAAGUGCUUAUGAGUACCUUGAGAAACGUUUUGGGAAAUUAUCUCGUUUGACAGCUUCGUUGUGUUAUAGUUUCCAAAUGAUUUUGUACAUGGGGAUUGUCUUGUACGCCCCAGCUUUAGCUUUAGGUGCUUUAACUGGUAUUUCAAAGUAUGCCGCAAUUCUGACGGUUGGUUUGGUUUGUACAUUUUAUUCAACGAUUGGUGGAAUGAAAGCUGUUCUUAUGACGGAUGUUUUCCAAUCCUUAUUAAUGUUCGCUUCUGUUUUUUGCAUCAUUAUUUAUGCCGGAAUCGAUGUCGGGGGUUUACAAGAAAUUUGGGAUAUAGCUGAAAAAGGUGGACGAACAGAUUUAUUAAAUUUUGAUCCUGAUCCCACCGUAAGACACACUUGGUUUACUUUAAUAAUAGGUGGAGGAAUAACAUUUUUAACACUAUACGGUGUAAAUCAAACUCAAGUUCAACGAUAUCUCACCUUAAAAGACUUAAAAUCAGCCCAAACCGCAUUAUGGGUGCAAUGGCCUAUUUUAAGCGCGCUAAGUUUAAGCACUUCAUUCUCCGGAUUAGCCAUUUACUCAAGAUUUUACAAUUGCGAUCCAGUUGCAGCAGGAAAAAUUGAAUUAAAUGACCAAUUAAUGCCUUAUUUCGUAAUUGAUAGUAUGGGUCAUAUCACUGGUUUAACCGGUUUAUUUGUUGCUGGUUUAGCCAGCGCUGCUUUAUCAACAGUUUCAGCAACAAUUAAUUCGUUAGCUGCAGUUACAAUGGAAGAUUAUUUUAAGCCAAUUUAUAAAAAACUCUACAACACUGAUUUAAAAGAAACAAAAUUAGCAAUUUUCUCCAAAAUAGCCGCGUUGUGUUAUGGUUUUAUUUGUUUGGGAGUCGCUUUUCUAGCGGAAAAUUUCGGCGGUGUUCUACAAUCUUCUUUAACGAUUUUCGGAGUCGUCGGUGGACCAUUAUUAGGAUUUUUCUCCUUGGGCAUGUUUACAACGAGAGCCAAUCAAAAGGGAAGUUUAACUGCUUUAUUACUCGGAUUAUCGUUAGCUUUAUGGGCAGGUUUUGGUUUACCGAGACCAUCUCCACCAAAACUACCUGUUUCAAUCGACGGUUGUGGACAAGAACUCGAUGGAGUAUCAUUUUUGAAUCAAACUUCUUUUAAUACUCGACAAGAUGAAGAAAUAAAUUAUCUUUGGCUAUACAGAAUUUCUUAUUUAUAUAACGGCGUUUUUGGUUUGUUGUCCGUGUUUAUAGCCGGCUACAUUCUCAGUUGGAUAUCCGACCUCAUUUGGGGAAGAGAAAAACUCGAUCAUGACCCUAAUCUUUUCAUUACUCCAAUUAGACGGAAACUUAAGAAACAAUUAAGAAAAAAUGUCGUCACUUAAUAAUUAUUUUAAUAAAAAAGAUUUUUCAAUUAACUAUGUUUAAUGUUUAUGUUGAUUUAUAAUGCCCUAAUCUUACUUUGUUUGCCUCUAUCAGAUGUUCCGUGAAUUAACUUAUAUAAUAAUGACAAAUAAUUGUAAACAGAAAUUGUUUUGUUCGAUGCUCGUCCAUUUAUCGCUGGACUAGGGCAUCAGGGUAGUCAGUCUAAAAACAUUGUAGUGUCAAUGUAGUGUCAAUAUUCA